UAGGGAUUGGCGAUGUAAGAUGGCGGCGCCAGAGGAGCAGGAAUUAUCUCAGGCUCAAACUGAGAAACUCCUUCAGUUUCAGGACCUGACAGGACUGGAGUCAAUGGACCAAUGUCGCCGCACGUUAGAACAGCACAACUGGAACAUCGAGGCUGCAGUACAAGACAGACUAAAUGAGCAAGAAGGCGUUCCGAGCGUGUUUAACCCGCCUCCGUCCAGACCCUUACAGGUCAACACAGCAGACCACAGAGUGUAUAGUUAUAUUGUACCAAGGCCACAGCCUAGGGGGUUAUUAGGUUGGAGUUAUUAUUUGAUAAUGCUACCAUUCAGGUUUACCUAUUACACACUUCUGGACAUAUUCAGGAUCGCCCUGAGAUUCAUAAGGCCAGACCCACGGGGCCGUGUAACAGAUCCUGUUGGAGAUGUCGUGGCUUUCAUUCAUAGUUUUGAAGAACAGUAUGGACGCUCACAUCCUGUACUUUACCAAGGAACAUACAGUCAGGCUCUGAAUGAUGCCAAACGAGAACUCCGCUACCUGUUAGUUUACCUUCACAGCGAUGACCACCAGGACACAGAUGAGUUUUGCAGAAGCACGUUAUGCACUGAAGAGGUGGUCAACUUCAUUAACACAAGAAUGCUCUUCUGGGCAUGCUCCACUACCAAGCCGGAAGGAUACCGGGUGUCUCAGGCCUUGCGGGAGAACACGUAUCCCUUCCUGGCCAUGAUCAUGCUGAAGGACCGUAAGAUGACAGUGGUGGGAAGGUUGGAGGGGCUGAUCCAGCCUGAGGACCUCGUCAACCAGCUCACCUUCAUCAUGGAGGCCAACCAGACCUAUCUGAUGUCCGAGCGGCUGGAGAGGGAGGAGAGGAACCAGACACAGGCUCUGAGGCAGCAGCAGGACGAGGCGUACCUGGCGUCCUUGCGGGCCGACCAGGAGAAGGAGCGGCGUCGGCGGGAGGAGCAGGAGCAGAGGAGACUGGAAGAGGAGGCAGCACGCCAGAGCGUGCUGGCUGAGGAGAAGAGGCGCAGGACCCUAGAGGAGGAGAAGGAGCGCAAGUCUGAGUGCCUCCCCCCCGAGCCACCUGUGGAUGACCCGGACAGCGUCAAAAUAGUGUUCAAACUGCCCAAUGACACGCGCGUGGAACGCCGGUUCCUCUUCUCUCAGUCCUUGGUGGUCAUAUACGACUUCUUGUUUUCUUUGAAGGAGACCCCCGAAAAAUUCCAAAUAGUGGCAAACUUCCCACGGCGAGUGCUUCCAUGCUUGCCCACCCACGAGCAGCCAAACCCGCCCACACUGAAGGAGGCUGGCCUGAGCUGCUCCCAGGUCCUAUUUGUGCAGGACCUCACGGACGAUUGACAUUAAGCUAUAGCUCCUACUGCUCCUCCCUCUUCACAUACAACUCCACUCAUCCCUCCGAAUGCCCCUCCCCCAUUUUGGUUCCUCCCCCACAUGGCCACUCUCUCUACAAGGGAUCACUGAAAUCUCAUUGGAUUAAAUUAAGGAUCUGACCCACCAUCCACACAAGUAACAUUUUAUUUAAACCAUGCGAAAGGCGAACGGCCCCUGUAAAUAUAAUGGAUAUUUAAGGACAAGCCUGAAUACAGUACAAAUACUUUCCUUUUUUUUUUUUUUUUAUGCAAAGUUGACCAUCUAAUAAAUGUCAUACAGUGACCAAAUGAAGGUUGAUACAAGUAUGACGGGCUGUUUUGAGCAUAUGACAAACUGAGUUCAUCUGGGGGGAUAAAAGCCACUCCUGCGUGGCUCGGUAUCUAGAGUAGUAAAGUCUGCCCAUAGUGUGCCUGUGGUAAUUCGUAAAUGCCUAUUUUGACCAUCUUCCAUCUGACUGGGCUGGUCGUGUAAAAGAUGUAAUUUUGCAGUUCUAAAUUAAACAUUUUAAAAUGUU